AUAAGAUGGCGUCUGUUCCAGGUGCGUCUGGAGCAGGGAAUCUUGGCUGAGCCGGGUUCCGUUCUACUCUACAAGCUGUCCAACCUGCUCAAGUUCUACCACCACACCAUCAGUUGUAUUGUGGGCACCAGUGUAGCCUCUCUGCUGAUGACCAUAGAAGAGAUGCACAUCCUAAGCAAGAAGAUGUUUUUCAACAGUCUCAGUCUCCACGCUAGCAGGCUCAUGGACAAGGUGGAGCUUCCCCCUCCAGACCUGGGUCCCACCUCCUCUCUGACCCAGACCCUGGCUCUCCUGAGGGAGGUGUUGGCCUCUCAUGACUCCUCUGUAGUUCCUCUGGACGCUCGCCAGGCUGACUUCGCUCAGGUGUUGUCUUGUAUCCUGGACCCCCUGCUCCAGCUGUGUACAGUGUCAGCCAGUAACCUCGGUACAGCAGACAUGGCAACGUACAUGGUGAACUCUCUGUAUGUGAUGAAGACCACCCUGGCUCUGUUUGAGUUCACAGACAAGAGGCUGGAGAUGCUGGAAUUCCAGAUUGAAGCUCACCUGGACACUCUGAUCAACGAACAGGCUUCGUUCGUUCUGACCCGUGCUGGACUGAGCUAC